CAGAGAUGAAACUUUAUCCAUUCCUCUGCUUUUGUUUUGCGUUCACACUUAUCAAAGCAGCACAGCGUGAAACUUUAACAAAAAAAGAGGUCUUCGGAAACAUUACCAAUCGUCUCAUGAUAAAAGACAGAGAGCAUGAAGUUUUAAACAUCCCGGAAGGGUAUACUUAUCCAGACUUCGUGGCAAAGGACUGCAGGGCAGCUUACAGACAUGGCAAAAGGCAAAGUGGGCUCUACGUCAUCCGCCCCAAAAACUCUCCCUUCUUGGCAGUCUACUGUGAAAUGGAUGAUGGAGGCUGGACGGUCCUGCAGCGCCACAGUGCUGGUGAAAAUGAAAAAUGGUCCCAACCAUGGUCUGAGUAUAAGAAUGGCUUUGGUAAUCUGCGUGGCGACCACUGGCUUGGCAACGAAAUGAUGCAUCUCUUAACAAGGCAAAAUGUCUUCAUUGUCAGAUUUGUCUUUGUUGACAGCGACGGCCAUACAAAACAUGCAGAUUACCAUACCUUUAAGGUGGAUAGUGAGGAAAACGGUUACGCUUUGAGGUUAGGGGACUAUUCAGGUGAUGCAGGAGAUGCUUUGACCACAGUGGGUGAGGCAGGUAUCCAUGACAAUAUGAAUUUUUCCACCCUAGACAAGGACCAAGACAGAAGGCCUGACACUAACUGUGCCGAAUACUAUCAUGGAGGCUGGUGGUUUGACGACUGUUAUUCUGCCCUCCUAAACAGUGAUAAAGGCAUUUACUGGAAGGGUUUGUGUACUGCACAGAAACCAUGCAAGUCAGUUAAAAUAAUGAUUAGACCAAAUCCAAUAAACUGUAAACCAGGUAAGAAAUAUUAAUUAUUUGUUCCGGGUCAGCUAGUGGCUUUUUCUGCUUACAUUAGCUCAGUUGCAAGGAUGAUCAAACCAGCCGCCAAAACACAACCUGUGUAUCUCAAGGUCUAAUUUUUCAUUCAGAGAAUUGUUAACAACAGGGUUGAACAUUUUGGAUCUCAACUUAAAUUAGUGUGAAUCAAUGCAGUUCAUCCAAAUUCAAUACAGUCGUGUUAAUUCACACCAGUUGCGGGUCUAGAGAUGUGAUUUGUUUCCAACAGGAAAAAAAGUAAAAAGUGGGUAUGUUCUUGUAUUCUCUGCUCUCUGAUGGAAAAGAAGCAUUACUGAUGAUUGAUAGAGAACUGUAGGCCUGCAAUACAUGUGUAAAUCACAAAUAAAAGGAUGGAUAUCAUUUCCUUUCAAAUAAAUCAUUCCUCACUUAUGCAAGCAUAGACAUGAGUUGUGAUUUCAAGUCUUGUAACCACGUGUCUCUCCAAAACUGUCACUUUUGCUUAAUGGCUUUCAAAG